AUGGCACCUGCUAAAACAGAAGCCCAGCAUGCACCCUCAAUAGAGACCAAACAAGGUCUACAAACCCCCGAAAGCCAACUCCUACAUCGAUCAUUGAUUCACACCCCAGAAAUGGUAGAAUCGGCUUCCGGUCUGGAAAUCCGCCUGGCUGACGGGCGCACAAUCCUCGACGCCUGCGGCGGCGCCGCCGUCUCGGUGCUGGGCCACAACAACCAGCAGGUCCUCGAAGCAAUGCUCGCCCAGGCACAGAAGGUCGCCUACGUCCACACGCAAGCAUACACCACGCCGGCAGCCGAGGAGCUCGCCGGCCUCCUGGUCGAGAACGGCCGGCCCCACGGGCUGGAGAAGGCGUUCUUCGUCGGGAGCGGGAGCGAAGCCAUCGAGUCGGCGGCGAAACUGGCCAGGCAGUACUUUUACGAGAAGGGCGAGCCCCAGAGACUUCACUUCGUGUCCAGGCGGCAGGCGUACCACGGGAACAGCAUGGCUGCCAUGUCGCUGUCGAGCAACGUCGUCCGCAAACUACCCUACCAAGGGUUCGGCUACCCGAAUGUGUCCCAUGUCACCCCCGCCUAUGAAUACAGAUACAAGCUGGACGGCGAGGACGAGGACGGGUUUACGAGGCGACUACUCAGUGAGCUGGACGACGAGUUCCAGAGGCUAGAGCCCGGGAAUGUCAUUGCCUUCGUGGCAGAACCAGUCAUCGGUGCUACGGCCGGCUGUGUGCCCCCGCCGCGAGGGUACCUAUCCGGCGUGAGGUCUCUAUGCGACAAGUACGGCAUUCUACUCAUCCUCGACGAGGUCAUGUGCGGGGCGGGCCGGUGCGGGACGUUCUUCGCGUUUGAGCAGGAAGGGGACGUCAGGCCGGAUAUCGUCACUCUGGCAAAGGGCCUGGGAGGGGGCUACGCUCCCAUUGCCGGCAUCUUGAUACACGAGAAAGUGGUUGAUGUGCUCCGAAAGGGAAGUGGCUCGUUCGUCAACGGGCACACGUACCAAGCCCACCCCAUCGUAUGCGCAACUGCGCUUGCAGUGCAGAAGAUCAUCAGGCAGGACAGGUUGGUGGAGCGAUGUGCCGAGUUGGGACCUGUUCUUGAGGGUAUGCUUCGAGAAGAACUCCAAGACUGCAUAUCAGUAGGCGAUAUCCGUGGGCGGGGCCUCUUCUGGGGCGUAGAGUUUGUCAGAGACAAGGCGACAAAGGAGACCUUCGACCCCGCGAUUGGCUUCGGCGUCCAAGUUCAGCAGGAGGCGUUUCGCAGAGGAGUGGCCGUAUAUCCUGGCUCCGGGACCGUGGAUGGGAUGAAGGGGGAUCAUGUGUUGCUGGCGCCGCCCUACACAGUUAAGCUGGAUGAGCUGAGGCUGGUUUGCAACGUCCUGAAGGAGGCAAUUAGAUCUCAGGAAGAAGUCCAUCUCCGUAAUUUAACAGACGGCUAA